GUUUACCUCAUGAGCACGGAGUCAGGGCUCCAUAUGUAAAACAAGUCAGACUGGUUUCCUGCAUUAAGUCCUGAGACUUGAUUUCCCUCCAACAAGUCUCCAAGAUAACGUUGGAGCAACACAAAAGACACCAGAAUCAGAAAUACACAACACAACAGCAGGUUUGAUCACAGGGGCCGGAAAUGACAAAGAGACAAAAUGGAGAAGCGCGGCGACGCCGUGGAGGACAGAAGGACGGAGCGAUGUACGCGCGCUCUCGCCCGCUCCUUUUCUUUACCGCGCGCUCGCAGAUUUCUGUCACACCCCCGCUGCGAUCUGUGUCAUCGCUGGCGCCGUCGUCAUCAGGUGAGAAGCGGAGCGGUGGGCUCGCUUUGAUUCCCGCCUGUAGCCAUGGCAACGGCCGCCCCGAAACAACGGGGGUCGCGCCCGGGAGGCGAGGGCGCGCGAGGGGACGCUGCGGAGCAGCAGCCGGGACUCAAGGCUCCUCGUCUGACUCAGACGCCUGAGAAGCCCGCUCCCCCAGAUGUUGGCGCGCGCCGCUCUGGGGACAGAUGUUCCGCGGGGGUCGGACUGCCUCGGCUCCCGGGGGUUGAUCCAGACGGCCCUCGAGUCUGUGAGACUGGAGUUGGGGAGGCGUCGGUGCCACGGAGUGAGCCUGAAACUGGGUCUUAAUUAACGCUGCGGCUGCUGUAAUGGCCUCGUCAGCCGAGACCGACUGUUAAAUUACUUUUUCAGCCACUGCAGCGCUGAACUAAAUAUCUCAACAGCGAGCCCAUUAAAAAGUCUGAACUCGGGCCCAUAAUAAUCCACGUUUAAUCCCUGAAACGGAGCCACAGUGUCAAACCUCCAGAUGUGGGUGAAGUCUCGCUUUAGGACAUUAAAGGUUCUGAAGCGUCCUCCUGGAAACCAGUCGAUCAGCACCUGCAUCACAACAGAGGAGGCAGCACUCGUCCCCCGCGUCACGAGCACCAGGCUCCUUCAUGCACAUAAUCCCUCCUAUGUAGGUCACAUGCUUCCACCAGUGGCCCGUCACUCGUGGACGUCUGGACCGGCCCUGGCCCGGCUCACUCUGGCAUCACCCCCUGCUUAUCCAGCCCUCAGUUUGGACCUGUCCGCUUUUACGCUGCUCAGCUUCACCUGAUGAGGAGCAGGUGCAGCUGCCGCCACGGGGCCGACCAGCAGAGGGCGCUGUCGCUCCACUCCAGCCACAGAUCCCUGCGAAAACGUAAUCCCUCGCCGUUUGAAUGGGUUUGGAAAAAUACAAGCCUGGGCAUAAAUACGUGGAGCGCUUCUGUGCGGCAGACGUUUAUUGGCCGACUGCCUGCUACAGAGCUCUGCUUUGUGUGUUCAGGUUGUGGCUUUACCUCACACACGCCUCACAGCCUGCUGGCUGUUGAUGGACCGGGCAUCAGACCCGCCCCGCCUCCCCUCACCUCCCUCCUCCUUCACAGCCAGGCAGCUGACGGGAGCCUCCGCCGGCCAAUCGGCGGGCUGCGCCCCGCCGCUGUCGCCCAGCGCUGCCGGAGGAGGCGAUUGGCUGGUGAGCGUGACCGGAGCCCGGCAGACAGACGCCAGGUCCGCUGCUCUGGGGACACGCAGGCGGCAGGUGAUGGGAAGGAGCUCCCACUCGGCGCGGGGACAGUAGGAUCCGGUCGACCCCCCCUUUCUGCUGCUCGGCGGCCCACCUUCAUGUGGAGGAGGAGGUGUCCUCGCCACCAUCCUCUGCUGGAGACCGGCUGAUCUCGCUCUCCUCCCGUCCUUUCCGCGCCGACGAGCUGCUUUUCGGAAACCCACUCCUCCAUGUACGAUAACUUGUACCUUCAUGGAUUUGAAGACUCGGAGGCGGGCUCCGCUGAUUCCUACACAAGCCGCCCGUCUGACUCGGAUGUGUCCCUGGAGGAGGAGAAGGAGGGCGGGCGGCAGGAGAAGGAGCAGCAGGCCUCGGUGCAGCUGGAGCGGGCCAAGGCCAAAUCGGUGGCGUUCGCCGUGAGGACCAACGUCAGCUACUGUGGAGCGCUGGAUGAGGACGUCCCGGUGGCCGGCACCGCUGUGUCUUUUGAUGCCAAGGACUUCCUGCACAUCAAAGAGAAGUACAACAACGACUGGUGGAUCGGUCGCUUGGUGAAGGAGGGCUGCGACAUCGGCUUCAUCCCGAGCCCUCUGAAGCUGGAGAACAUCCGCCUCCAGCAGGAGCAGAAGCGGGGACGCUUCCAUGGCAGUAAAUCCAGUGGGAAUUCCUCCUCCAGCCUGGGUGAUAUGGUGUCAGGCACGUUCAAGCCAAACCCCAACUCUGCAGGAAAGCAGAAACAGAAAGUGGCUGAGCACAUCCCCCCGUAUGACGUGGUCCCCUCCAUGAGGCCGGUUGUCCUGGUGGGGCCCUCUCUCAAAGGUUAUGAGGUGACGGAUAUGAUGCAGAAGGCGCUGUUCGACUUCCUGAAGCACAGGUUUGAUGGGAGGGUGUCCAUCACGCGGGUAACCGCUGACAUAUCGUUGGCCAAGAGGUCAGUACUUAACAACCCCAGUAAGAGGGCCAUCAUUGAGCGAUCCAACACCCGCUCCAGCCUGGCGGAGGUGCAGAGUGAGAUAGAGCGGAUCUUUGAGCUGGCCCGGUCCCUGCAGCUGGUGGUGCUGGAUGCAGACACCAUCAACCAUCCGGCGCAGCUCAUCAAGACCUCAUUAGCGCCCAUUAUCGUCCACGUUAAAGUGUCCUCACCUAAGGUCCUGCAGCGCCUGAUCAAAUCAAGAGGGAAAUCUCAGAGCAAACACUUGAAUGUGCAGCUCGUCGCAGCUGAGAAACUAGCACAAUGUCCAUCCGAGAUGUUUGACAUCAUCCUGGACGAGAACCAGCUGGAGGACGCGUGUGAGCACCUGGCCGAGUACCUGGAGGCCUACUGGCGCGCGACGCACACGUCGCUCAGCACGCCGCUCAACCCCCUGCUGGGACGCAACCUGGGCUCCACCGCCCUCUCCCCGUGCCCCGCCGCCAUUCAGGUGCCAGACGACCGCCCCGCUGCAUGCGUUCUGCCCAACCGCUCUGUCGAGCGUGUCCCAAACAGUGUCGGCAUUUGUGUUGUGGAACAGGCCCAACGGAACCGGAACAGCAACCACGCGCCGGCCGAUCGCUCCCCCGUUGAACGCCACAGCCUGAUGCCCGCUGACGAGAACUACCACAACGAGCGCGCUCGCAAGAACCGCAACCGCCUGUCCUCGGGGUCCCAGCAGAGCCGGGACCACUCACCUCUGGUGGAGGAGGACUACCAGGACCCCUAUCAGGACUCGUAUAAGCCUCACCGUAACCGCGGAUCACCGGGAGCCUACAGCCAGGAGUCCAUGCACCGACUUUGAGCUGUGGCACUCGUGAACAUAGCGAAGGCCAUCUUUCUCCAAACCAUCACCAUUGACCCGAGCGCUGAGGCAGCUCUGCUGUGCCAGCCUCGUAUUAUGUGUAGUACAGUACCUCCUACCCCCUGUGGCCUAUAGGUAGGCAUUCGAAGCUAAUACAUUCUGAACCCUGCUCUUGCUUUGAUGUGAACAUGGGAAGGGGCUGGACAAAUGUAGCAAAAAGCAGAGGAGGUGUGUUCUAUCGGGGCAAACUAAAGCUGGACUCAGUCUGACUCCGGCUCCUGUGUGGCAGAACUAGACUGGCAGGUGAUCCGUACUGCAAGCGCUACAUAGCGGAGGCUCGUCUAGGCCCUUCCCGUCAUCUCAGCUGUUUCUGUAGCGUGCAGGUACGACGGGUCGGUGCCAGACAGAGCGUCCAGUCGCCGAUGGGCGGCGCGGAGUGUGUUUGCACACAUCCAGGAGCCGCUCGGAGCAGAAUGCGAUGCUCCUCACACGUGUUGGCCACUGUAAUCGAUGUGGCUGCAGUAGAUCCUGGAGGAAGCCUGGUCCCAGAUCAGUUUCACACACACGUGGCAUGAGCAGUGUUGAGGUGUGCACCGUUCGCACAGUAGCUCCCUGUGCUCCCUCGCUGUUCUUUCUCUGCUCCUUUUUUUGUCAUCCAUCAUGUAAGGAUAGAAAACAAAUGUCAUGCACGCACUAACACAAAGCUCCAAACCUCAGGAAUGAGAGGUCAUCAAGACCUAGACAUGCGCUGACAGAUGUAGCGUUUAUGUUCUAACCCAUACGAUGGGCAGCUUGAAAGACUUUACCAUUUAGCUCUUAUAUGAAACUAAUAACAUAUGGAAGGAAUUCUUCCACUUACAUUUAUCAGUUACUGUUGUCAGUUGUGUGUUUGGCAGGACAUCAUUUGGAAUUGAUAGACUUUAGUGAUUGAUUUCUUCUGAGGGCUUCCAUGUGUAAAUACAGUCAAAUGUAUACAAGACAAUUCAUUUCAGUUCAUUAAAUUACAUUCACUUUAUUCCUUUACAAUGUCUGGUUAAAUAAAUUAAUUUAAUUUCACUUUUAACCUUAUUUUAGAGGUUGAAUACAAAAAAGGACCAAUUAAACCCAACUCCCUCUCCAGCUGUAGAUUGGUUACUAUAUUUCAUUCCGUUUCAGUUUCAAAUCCCUUAACUACAGUACCUGAAAGCACCUGGGCAGGACUGUGCUGCAUUUGUGCUACUUUUGGAUAAAUAGAGCAAUUUGUAAUCAAUCAAAGGAAUUCACUCGUAUGCUGCUGGUUCAUGCGGGAUUGACAACCUUGUAUCUUGUAAUUUGUUGAAAAUAUUAAGAUCAGAUUUUUAGUUCGUAGGCUCAUCGUGCUUCAGUGAUGAAAGACAGACUUCUGUUCGUACCUGCCACAUACAGUAGCUUUUAUUGUUGUUUCAAAAAUCUGGAGCAUAAGCAGCGGUUUAAAAGACUUGAAUACUGCCUGUGAGAGAAUGAUGCUUUGACAUAAAGUUUGUGUGCACUGUAAUUUUACAACUGUAAUGAAAUAAACUGCCCUUAUGCUGUUAUAUGCAUAGAUUUUUUCUUGAAAAA